GACAAGAUGUGAGGAAUACAAGUUAACCGAAUCAGAGUUCAGGCGGUUUUGUGUUAACAAGGCUUAAUUUAACAACAGCAAGAAUACGACAGUCUAUAGCCAUGCAUAUAGCAUGCUAUGUUUUAAUCUAAUGACUAAUUUACGUCAUGGAAUUCCCUCAUAAGAUCAGCUAACUGUAGUGUCGCGUGGGCAUAAGGAUUUCUCGUUUCAUUCUGUUUCUGGGAAAAGUGGCUCACUUCCUGUCUGUGUAUGUCAGAUGAGGGUACAGUCUGACCUUUUCCUUGACCUUGUCAUGCAUCGUGCUUGACAAGUGAAUUCCAGACAGGUACUCCUUUGUUCUGUGCAACUUGUGUGUUUCCUGUGUUUGUGAUAUACAUAUACAUGAGUUCUUUGGUUGAGUCAGUAUCAGUCGCCGUCCUGCCAGCAAGUCGAAUGUUCAUGAUUUGGUUAAGCCUAGUCACCUGCAGGAUACCGUGGAAAAGAAGAAAAAAUACGAAGAGGUGUACGUGCAAAGAAGAUGGCGUGUUUGACGUUUUGUUACGUCUUCCUACUGGUCAACGUAAUUCCAUCUGUCCAGGCCGGCAGAGAUGCAGGGUUUGGGGUUGGAAACGUCACAAUACGUGAGGAUGCAUCUGUCGGCAGCACAGUCAAACACCUGCGAGACUUUCUUAACGUCGGCGGUGGCCUAAUGGAAGAGGAAAAUGGAACGUCGUGGUCAGUGAACAUCACAAGUGGCAACGAUCUUGGACGGUUUGAAGUUGUUGUUGAGAACUUGACGCUAAUCGUCGCAGCGCCGCUGGACUAUGAGUAUAACCCGCGGUACAACCUGUCCCUGGAGCUGAAAAAUACUGGAGACAACAGCGUUUGGCAUGUAAACCUCGCCAUCGUGAUCACGGACGUGUGGGGAUACCCGCCAUACUACAGCAAACAGUGUGAAACACCAGUUAUACCUGAUACUGGGACGGCUGAGAACUAUGUCGUACUGAGCAGUCAUAAUGGGCAUUACAAUGUCAAAAUUAAUAAUGGGAAAGAAGCACAGUACAACGACUUUUUUCCCUACUUUCGUCACAAAUCCCGCUAUGCUAUCAUUAACGACUGUUACUUUCGAUGGUGUUUCGCUCUGACCAUUAUGUGGAAUGAUUUGGACGCGCUUCGCCCGGCGCUUGAAGCGCCUCAGAAUGGAGGAAGAAUAGAGUUUAAAUGUCACGACAAAGAGUUGAGAAGUGUGGGCAAGUUUAUGUUUUUGGAUGUUUCGAAACAAAUGUUGCCUGAGUGGGCACAGGAUAGUCGGUGUAGCAUGACAGAAGGUGUUAAUUAUGUUGUAGUUGUGGAGAUGAAUGAUCUAAGGUCCACUUCGUCCUAUUGGACACAAUGUAGCGCUAACGUCACCUUUCACGACAAUACAUAUCCCGUUGAUUUCAUAUUUCAGUACGACAUUACAGGAUGUUCCGAGGGCAGGUACGGUCUGUACUGUGACAAGUACUGUGUUUGUAAGAACGGCGCCCGUUGUCAUGGCUUUAACGGUGCCUGUGAGUGCCGCCCGGGUUGGAGAGGGAGGGCCUGUGAUAUUCCCUGGCCUGAAGUUGUCAUCAUAGCGUCACCUGGCGAUUCAGUCGUGAAGUACAUCGGUACUAAUCUGACAUUGACCUGCCUGGCUCCACACAUCCAAGUUGCUAGUAUGACGUGGAUUCAUGAAGCGGAAAACUAUUACAAUGACACAAAAAUUAUUAAAGAAGCUUUAGGGGCGGUACAGAACAGUUCCAUCAACUUCCAGCCAGUCUCAGAAUCCGACAACGCUGGUUAUACUUGCGUGGUAAAAGCUGUAAAUGGUGAAGUAAUUAAUGCAAUUUUUACCCUCAACGCCACCAAAUGCCGACCUAACUAUCAUGGGGAAGGUUGCAGCCAAGUGUGUGACUGUGAGUACGGAGGGACGUGUGACAGGUGGGAGGGGUGUCUGUGUCCUCCUGGUCGUCGUGGAGACAGGUGUCAGCACGAGUGCGCACCUGGCACAUUCGGGAGGGACUGCAGACUGAGGUGUUACUGUGAAAACAACGCCUUGUGUGAUCCAGUCAAUGGCAGCUGUAUUUGCGCUGAAGGACAGUCAGGCGAGUUUUGUCAGAAUUCCUCAAGUCCUGAGAAGAACCAAGUCGUAGUUGUAGUGUUGUCGUCCGUUAUCCCGACUAUUGUUCUAAUCGCCUGCAUCAUUACUGGAGUCCUGGUGAAACGGAGUCGCCGACGCCAAAGAGCAGAACAGCCAACAGCGGACUUGGAAAUGACGCCAUUCAUAGAAAACCUUUCAUCAUGGGAAAUAGAUAAAGAGGACAUCCACCUUGAACACAUGAUCGGGGAGGGCGAGUUCGGCCAUGUCGUACGGGCAAGACUGCGCGUGCCUGAAGGCUACCAAGUUUUGGUUGCUGCCAAAAGUAUCCGGCCUGACCGCAUGACGGCGUCUGCUGUCCGCGACUUUCGCCGAGAAAUGGACAUUCUCGCGAGAAUCCACGAAGACAAAGAGGGGCACCCGAAUGUGGUGAAGUUUUACGGAGUUCUGACUAAAUCCGACCCACAGUACAUCCUGGUAGAGUAUGCAGCUAAUGAGGAACUGCGCCGGUAUCUGUGGGGUUUGAGAGAACAAUACAGGGUCACAGGGCAAAGGAAACUGUUAGAACGUCUCGGUUUCGCUUGUGACGUGGCCUGUGGGUUAGCAGAGCUGGCACGGCUGAAGAUCGUGCACCGAGACAUCGCAGCUCGUAACGUCGUCAUCAGUGACAGGAUGGUGGCUAAGAUCGCAGAUUUCGGACUAUCGCGUGACGUCUACGCGUCAUCGGCAUACAAACGCACGAACCAGGGCGGGGAGGAGGAGCUGUUACCGCUGAAGUGGAUGGCCGUGGAGUCGUUACGGGACGGGGUGUACACGUGUGAGAGUGACGUGUGGUCGUACGGCGUGCUGCUGUGGGAGAUCGCCAGUUUUGGGGAGGAGCCGCGCUACGCUGGAAGCCCCAUGCACCCGGACGUCUGCACACUGUUGGAGCUGCUGAAGAAAGGCGUCCGUCUGCGGCAGCCGGAGAACUGUCCGCUGCCGGUGUACCGCAUCAUCAGGUCCUGCUGGAUAGUAGACCCCUCCAAGCGGCCAACGCCUGAAGUGCUGCUGCAAAAGAUUGAGCAGUUGAGACCGCCGAGGCAUGCGGCCCACCUCGUUAAUCAUGGUAUGACAUGGCAGUGAAGCAUCUGCUAUUAACAGGCAAAGUCUCAUGGGCUGUGCUGAAUCUAAUGAGAAACAAACGUAUAAGGCUUUUUUUACAUAAGGCUAUUUUGAUUUGAUAUAUGCAUUCUACAACAUUGGUAUCAUCUUGCAAUUUUUUCUUUGCAACUUACGGUAUAUAUUUGCUCUUUUCGCAAAUGUUUUGUACGAUUUACAGUAUGGUUGUUAACUUGAGAACGGCCAAAAAUAUUUCCGCGAAUGGAUGUCAUUCCAUAUACCCAGUCAACAUGGCCUAAGGGCCUCAAUGUGGAGCAAAUUGUAUUUGAUUAAGCAGAAUACAAAGUACCUGUGAAACACAUACAAUCUGAGCGUGAUGUAGUAAUGCACAUUGCCAUAGCCUGGAUCCCAGCACUGUGAGGCGAAGAACCAUUAUAAUGUCCAUAAAAUGUCUUUGGUUAGCCGAACAAGGCUGGCAUUCCUGCUAAUUCAGCCAGAAGUUUUGAGACUAUUAUCAAUUGUCAGUGCCCAACAGUAGUAAUGACAGUAGUAACUUAGUACAGCGUAGUAUACGUAGUAGCAGUAGUACAGUCACUGUGGUACUGUAGUAGC